CCAAACCUGGUUAAUUACCACAUUUUUCUGUCCAACUAUCUCCAAUUUCAAAUGGCCCAUUCAUCAACUUUCUGUCUCAUUUUAACGUUGUUAAUAAAUUGUAACUUGCAUGUUAAUGGAUGUUAUACGUCGAUAACAAGCUUUGGCGACUCACUCGCCGACACCGGAAACAUGAAGCUAAUGUCCAUGAAAUCCGAUAACGCGCUGCCCCAUUUCGUGUUUCCGCCUUAUGGUGAAACCUUUUUUCAUGAACCGACCGGACGUUGCUCCAAUGGCCGUCUAAUCAUCGAUUUCAUAGCGGAGAGUCUUGGGUUGCCACUAAUAACGCCCUCUCAGGCCAUCAACACGACCUUCAACGUUACAGGGUUGGGACAAGGAGUGAAUUAUGCGGUGGCUGGUGCGACCGCGUUGGAUCCUUCGUUUCAUAUAGCAAGAGGAGUUUAUGUUAAGACGAAUGCAUCUUUGGGAGUUCAGUUGGGAUGGUUUAAAGAAUCAUUGUCUCCCACAGUUUCUGUCAAUAAACGUUUAAUCGGAUGCUCUUUGAUUCUCAUGGGAGAGAUUGGUGGAAACGACUACAAUCACGCACUAGAAUCUGGAAAGUCGAUCGACGAGGUUGAAGGUUAUGUUCCAUUUGUUAUUAAAGCUAUCAUCUCAGCAAUCAAUGAACUUAUUGAUCUAGGUGCCGAGACUCUAGUCAUACCAGGAAACCUACCGAUUGGAUGCUCUGCGACGUAUUUGACCAUGUUUUAUGGCUCGAACAAAGUGAAAUAUGAUAAUGCAACCGGAUGCAUUACGCAGUUAAACAAGUUUGCUGAGUAUCACAAUGAACAACUCAAGAUGGAAUUAAAUAAAAUCAGAGAGGUUCAUCCCGAGGUCACCAUUAUCUACGCUGACUACUACAAUGCUGCGAUGCAAGUUUUUCUUUCUCCGCACAAAUAUGGAUUCACAAACGGCGCUCUUAAGGCAUGUUGUGGAGGUGGAGGACCGUUUAACUACAACUCAUCGGUAGCAUGCUCAGAGCCAUUGUCAACUUCAUGUGCUGAACCAGAUACGUAUUUUAACUGGGAUGGAUUGCACUUGACAGAAGCCGCAUACAAGUUUAUAUUCAAGAGCUUAUUUGAAGGGUCAUACACUACGCCCCAAUUCAGGUCAGUGUGCCCAACUUCAAGGUUACGAUCAGUGGGAGGAUUGUCAAGUUCGAUAUAAAAAAAAAGAAUUAUUGGAAACUUGUAUAGCGUUGCUCAAGCUUUGGAGUUCAAGUAAUUAUAUUGGGAAAAUGUAUGUUUUGUAAACAUAAUAUGGUUUAUGAUGUGUACAUAAACUAUGGAUGUUGACAUGUAUAUUUGUAUAAUUAUUUUGUAUAAACAGUUUCAUGUCUAUCCCAUUAUUUUGUAUAA